UUUUCGAGGCAAUCUUUUUGAUGAGUUAGGCGACCAAAGCCCAAGUGUGAGUUUUGCCGUGAGUCUUUCAUAGUUUUGUUUCAUAUGCUGGCUUGCUGAGAGGUUUUCGGCACGAAUAUUAGAGCAGCUGGUUUAAUUUAAACUCGGGUUAGGGCGCAGACUAGCGCGGGGCUGCACGGCUCUGCAGAUGGCUGCUUAGCUCGGCUGGCUAACGUUAGCUGGUGCUGUAAACAAACACUACACACAGUGAGGAAACAGCCGCAGGUAAAGCAGCUCACACUCUGAAGGUUUGUUCAGCACAUUGGGUCAAUAGUUCCUUUAGUGAAGCGCUAACACAGCGUUAGAAACCUGACGUUUGGCGGAGCGGGCUGCGGGAGGCUGCUUGCUGCUGCUUGUCUGCAACUUAACGACUCAACUUCAGUUUUGAUGACAGUGCGAGUUUCUCCAAAAUAGCUCGGAGCUCAUUGGCUUUAGAGCGGGUCGGAGUCAGUCCGGUCACCGGGGAAGCGCGCACUCGCACACCGGCAUGUCGUCGUUCUCUGAGCCCGCCCUGGAGAAGAAGCUGUCGGAGCUGAGCAGCUCGCAGCAGAGCGUCCAGACCCUGUCUCUGUGGAUCAUCCACCACCGCAAACACUCGGGCCUCAUCGUCAAAGUGUGGCACCGAGAGCUGAAAAAAGCUAAAAGCACCAGGAAGCUGACGUUCCUGUAUCUGGCUAACGAUGUCAUCCAGAACAGCAAGAAGAAAGGACCGGAGUUCACCAAAGACUUUGAGUCUGUGCUGGUCGAUGCCUGCUCCCAUGUUGCCAGUGAAGCAGACGAGAACUGUAAAAAGCACAUGGAGAGACUCCUCAACAUCUGGAAGGAGAGGAGCCUUUACAGGAGCGACUUCAUUCAGCAGCUCAAACUGGCCAUAGAAGACUCGAACAGCCCCAGACCUUCAGAAGAGAAGAAAGCUGUGAAACGAACCUAUCAGAAAAUCCAGGAAGACGAAGACGAUGAGGACGACGACUAUAGAAGCCAUGCUUCUCCUCACAGCGCAGACUCCUCUGCAACUCAGCUAACAGAGGAGCUGGUUAAAGCCCUGCAGGACUUAGAAAACGCCGCAUCAGGCGAUGCAGCUGUUCGCCAGAAGAUUGCUUCGUUGCCGCAAGAAGUUCAGGAUGUUUCCCUGUUAGAGAAGAUCACUGACAAAGAAGCAGCAGACAAGCUGUCAAAAACGGUGGAUGAAGCCUGUUUACUGCUGGCGGAGUACAACGGGCGACUGGCUGCAGAGCUGGAGGACCGCAGGCAGCUGGCCCGCAUGCUGACUGAGUACAUCACCAGCCAGAAGGAGGCACUAAUGGAGCGAGAGAAGAAACUAGAGGAAUACAAGCAGAAACUAGCGAGGGUGACCCAGGUGAGGAAAGAGCUCAAGUCCCACAUCCAGAGUCUCCCCGACCUUUCCCUGCUGCCCAACGUGACUGGAGGUCUGGCGCCGCUGCCUUCAGCCGGAGACCUCUUCUCCACUGACUGAGAGACAUUUGCCCGGACAAACUAACACCCCCGUGCCCCUCCCCAGCAAAACUCAGCCCCAUGUUUGACUCACAGAAGUUCUUCGAGCUGUGGACACAUGUGGUCAGACCUCUCGCAGAAGAGCAGCCGGCCCACCUGCUAGCAAACCUGCAGGUCCAAUGGAAGGUUUGGUCAAAUCAAAACGCUCUGCAGAGGAGAACAGAGACUCCGUCAGCCUGGAUUUAUUUUCCCACACUGGCUUGAUCAUCGAGGAUUCCACUUCACCAGCUUGGAACAAGUUUCUUUCCUGAUUUUUAAAAAAAAAUAGUAGUUUUGUUUUAAAUGCUGGAAAUGUCAGCAGUUUUCAGGGGGAGGGGCGGGUUGAAGAAGCAAUGUGUAGACAUGAAUGUUGUUUGUCAGGACGUGUCAAUCAGAGCAUAUUUUUUUUGAUUUAGUGAGCAAAGAAGGGCUCUCUAAAUUCCUAUAGGUCGUGACUACACUGUGAAGAGGACGUACCAUUCAUUAGUUUUAUUAUUUGGCUUUCAGUUGGUGGCUUUUUAUUGACCCUUAGUCAGACAGGUGGUUUUGAUGUGUGUGUGUGUGUGUGUGUAUGUGUGUGUGUGUGUGUGUGUACUUAGAGAACUGGGUUUAGCGUACAUGGUUUUUUUUUUUUGGUUGUUUCGACAGCUGUUACACACUCAUCUCACUGACACUUCGUAGAGUCUGAUUAAACAGAAUGAUUUUUUUGAAGUCGAGACACAUUCUUGUUUUCCGUGUUUCCAUUUUUAAGCAUUUUUCGCAUUUGUAGACGAAAAAUCCGAAGCGUGGGACUGUGUGCAACUGCUUUCAUGCUUGAAUUUGGACAGACGCUUGAAAUAGGCCUCUUCUGUUAAUUUGAGGUUUGAGUUUGGCCGAGCAAAUCCUUGAAGUUAGAUAAAAGCAUUUCAAAGUUUUCUUUAAGAGAAACUGUCUAAAAGAAAGUAUCUUCUUAAAGAGGGAAGGUAAUGGUGGGAAAGUAUUAAAGGUGGUAAUGUUUUAGUGUCUGCAGGGUUGAGCAAUGUGGAAACCAAUUACCAAGACAACCAAACUAUGCUUAAUUAUUAACAGCAUUGAAUUCCCACAAUGAUUAAACUGACCAUUAGUUGCUACAUAUUGCUCAGUCCUGCUUGUGUCUAGAUGUCCAGUGAUUAAAUAUAUAAUGGAUUCGUUUCUGCAGUCCCCUUUUAUGUAUGUGUGUUUUAAAAUAGGUGAUGAAUCACAUCUCAGGCCUAAUGAUUUAGAUUUUGCAUUCAGGAAGAGUAAGCGAGUCCCCAAAGUAGUAUUUUAGUUUCAACAUUAAAAGCCAGAACAACACGCAUCAUCCGUUUAACUCAUGUCUGAUGUGUGUGUGUGUGUGUAUUCAGAAAGGAAAAAAAACAAAACAUUUAUGGAGAAGUUUUACGAUAAAAAGGUCAGCGAUGUUUACUCAGACAAACCACUCGUUUUGUCGAAGCUUUCAGAAGCACACGGCGGCUCCUGCUGCUGGAGGGACGAGCGUUCUCUCAAGGAAAAAGAAGAUUCUAGCAGCUGUAACGUACCUGCUGAUGCAACAGGCUCUGGUGAGAAAUGCUGCUGCGAAUCCUUCUCGGUAAACGUCUGUCAGCAACCACAAAGUAUCUGAAACGGCAGGUAAAAACAAACAGCUUCAGCUUUGUUUGUCAAACCAAAAAGGUGUUGGAUGUAUUCAUUAGUGUCACUACUGAGGCCACGAGACGUGUUCUGGUUUGGACCCCAAUGUUAAAUCUGCUUUCUGUAGCCUUGGAUGUCAAAUUCUGAUGCAUCAUUUGAUUCAGCUUUACGUUAAAUAAGUGUUGAUCACAGCUGCUGUAUACCGGGAAGGAUUUCAGCAACAUUUUAACCCAGAUGUGCUUCACUGUAGAUAUUAUUUAGAUAUUUUCUUACCUACUUGCUGUGUGGUAUGCGCUUCUCUCUGUGGAAUCAUACUGUACUACCAAGACUCUACCAGUAGGGGCAGCGGUUUUCUGUAAUGAAAGUGAUUCAGUGGACGCCAAUAAACUGGAACCAUUUGAACAAA